ACCUACGUCUUCAGAAAUUUAAGUUACCUAACUUGCAAACAAAAAAAAUUAGGUGCUAAUUUGAAAGGAGGAGCUAUAAAAUGGAGGGUGAAGAGGAGGAAGAAGCAAAUUCUCUACUUUCCCUCUCUCAAACAUUUCUCCAGCCUGACAGUUCUUCCUCAAUCACUCUCUCCAGUAACCAUCUCCACAACUGGCCUGCCUCAUCCUCUGGGGCUGUGGGUGAUAUUGUUGGUCAGUUUUCACCGGUCUCCCCAGCAGAAAACUACUCUAGUCAGGUUCUCAAUGCCAAUGAAAAUUUUGAUCGGUUCUACAACUGCAGGCCGUAUUCCAGUGGUCAGUCUUCCUCUAAGAACUGCAACUUCAGCAGAAGUAUGUCUGCUGGGAUUUCAAAUGAUAUGCAUGAAAAUUUUUCAUCAUCAACCAAUCGAGUUGCAAGCAAUGAAUACACACAUUUAGGAGGAAUGAAUAACCAUGCAAGUUUGUAUUGGGAUUCAGUGGCAGGUCGGUGUGGGGAAUCAUAUGGAACCAAAGAUUCAGAUAGCUCAUUCAGAGCGGGAGGCAGCAAUACCCAUGUUCAGCCGCAGAGAGCUGAUAAAACAUCUUCAAGUGGUUUCAGUUAUAAUGAUAACUACACAACUAUUAUGACUUUUAGUACAAUAUCAGAGAAUGAUGGGAAACUGGACUUGUUUGAUUCAAGAGGCAGGCAACAUGAAAGUGAAAAAGAAAAGGUGAACCCUUAUGAUCAGAACAGUGGCAAAAGUGGAACGAAAUCCACACAGCAGACAGAUGUGACUUUAUCACUCGACCGUAGACAAGCAGACAGUAAUAAUUUUGAUAGUGACUUUGAUUUUCCAGCCAAUCCUCGCGACUUUACUCUUAGCUCCAGGUUAGAUGGGGCGUCGACAAGUCGACUAAAUCAGCAGUUAGAGUUUCACCAACCCCAGGUUGGGUUUGAUAACCUGUGCCAACCCCACAAACUUGCAUCAACACAUUUAGUAGAAAGCAGUUCACAGUUUGUCAAUGCUUCAAUAAUGACAGAGGGUAAAAGAAUGCCGUCAUCAUCGUAUAAUAUGGAAUACGGCAUAGAAAAUCAUAGUGACAGUGAUUAUUCUCGGUUAAGCACCUCCCAGAAAAAAACAAAUUUUACUCAUUCGUUUAAUGAGAUUCCCCCUGAUCUAGAGCCAGUGUUUAAUGAUACACAUUCUGAUUUUGGAGGUCAUCAGAAAAUUCUUCAAGAUGCAACUAGAAGUUAUGAUCAGAGUGAUAAGGAUGGUAGUAACAUACAGAUUAAAAGUCAAACCAAUCAGAAAGAGCCUUCGGAUAAUAAAUGGAGCAGUCGUCCUAGGGCCCACAGAAGAAUAGCCCGCAUUCUGGGAAGUGAGGAGUUAAAAAAUUCUUUCCAAACCCAAGAUCUUUCAUCAUCAAAAAAAUUGUCUUUGCCCUAUCCCAAGCCCAUACCGGCUCUUGAUUCAAACAUGCAGAACAAAAACAAAUACCACUCUACCAUACACAGGGAUGUGACUAAUAGCUCUAGAAGUUUCCUUACCGUUGAGGAGGAGCUUGAUUUAAGGACAACCCAGCAUGAUGACAGAAAUUUCUUCAGGAGGGACGAUAGCUUAAACCGACAUUCCAGUUCCCAGAGAGACAUAGGUUUCAUGAGCCAGGCGACGUUUUCAUUUGACUCAGCCUUGCCAAAAGAAUCCAUGUCUAACCUGCUGAACCAACAGUUCCUUACACCUUCACAUCUUGACCUUGACUUUCACACAUCGCUCUCCUCCAUGUCUCAGCCACAGAAAGACACAGACAUCAACCAGCAGUUUUCUCUUCAAGUUUCUAAAGACUUUGAUAUGGAUGCUGCUCAGGGCACUGCCAACCAAGACGUUUUGGCAUUUGACAACCCAAACUCCACCCACUUGAACCAGUCAGAGUUAUCUUUACCUGACAACCUCGGGCUGGGGGCUCACGGACAACAAGAUCUAAACCUUGAAGCAUACUUUAACACUGCUACUGAACGUGACUUGUCCUUUGGGAGAAAAUACUCUAACCAGAAUCAAAGAGACGUCAGCUACGCUUCAAAUUCUGACAAUGAUUUUAACAUUGAAGAUUACAUGAACCCACAGAGUCAAAGAGAUUUGGGCCCGUCGUACUUUGAUAGAACAGAACUGCCACAGGAUAUGACGAUGUAUCAGAAACCUUUAACGGAGAAGUCUUUGAUUCUUGAAACUGUUCAAGCACCAAAAGACAGAAUAAAAAAUACAGGUGACAAAGGUGAGAUUUCUGAGCUUCAGAAAGAGCUGACAAAAUCUACAACAAAAGAGAGCAUGAAAGGGAUUAGAACACCAAGGGAUAUCAACAGAGCCAUGGAGAUAUUGCAGGGCCUGCAAGAAGAUGAGAAAGAAGAGGAGAGGCGUAAAGAGCAAAAGCAAAGGCAGCAGAUGCAUCAGAGCGUUACAGUGGCUUCAAGUCCUAAAAAAACAUUCCAGAACAAGCACAUGGUUGAGAGAAUGGGAAUUAUAGAGCAGCAUUUGUUGGCACAGUCCCAGCAGUUUAUAGAUGAGCAGCCUGUGAGCUUGUUAGACCAGCCACAACUGCUGGCAGAUCAACAGCAAGAUAGCUUGCAGUUUAUUGCCUAUCCAACGUUUACAGCCAUGCACCCGGAUGAGAUGGAUAUGGUCUCCACCCUACAGGGCAAGAGAGAGCCACAGCAAACAAUGACACACAAUUCUGCCAGUGUACAUUAUCAGAAAAGGCCAAAAUUUUCUUCAAAGGAUUCCACAAGUACACAGAACAGUACAUAUUUAAAUCAUUCAUCAAGCCUCGCCUCCAUGUUGGUAGGAAACUCUAAUCAAGAGUCCUCCUCUCAGUUUUCCAUGCCAAUAUACUUCCAAGAUCAACAGCCAGACUUAGAUAUUACACCAGCCAAACCACAGAGCCACAGCAUUGUGAAGGACUCCGUAAGACCAAAGAAGGAUGGAUCGUCAUCUAAUUUUGAAACUAGAGAAGCUGUAAAUAAAAGUACUAGCUUGAGCAUGCAGGUUUCUGAAGAAUUUCGGCCGCCUAUCAAUACAAAACAAGGUGAAGAGCUGAUGAAUGCCUCACGUAAAAAUCUUUACACUAUGAUGAAAAGGGAAGAGUUCUGUGAUGCUGUUCUCUCUACUCCAAAACAAACAGUCAAGGUCCACCAAGCUGUGCUUUGCUCCAUGAGUCAGUACCUGGCCACUUUGUUGCUGAAGAUGAAACCACAGAUAGUGAGUGACUCCGCCACUGCACCCAUGUCCCCAACUUCAUGCUAUUUCACCCACACCACCUCCAACCAAGGCGUCCUGCUUGUCAUCAACUGUGAUGACAUCAAGCCUAGUUCUAUGUCAGCGUUUUUGGUGUUUAUUUACCUGGGAAAGGCAGAAUUCAGUGAGAGCAAUAUAGAAGACCUGUACAUGCUUGCUUGUAGUUUAAAAGUGACCUCCCUCAAAGAUAUGUGCAAGGAGUUCAUGUGGGCUACGCAGAUGUCAGAAAAUGGCAUCAAGAUUCCUCAGCUGCUGGUGUUCAGUCACAGGUUUGAGACCAGAGAUCAGUCCAGCAUGGCAGACCUGGGCAGUGGGAGAGUGGUGGAAGACAAGGCAGUCAACACAGGUCCCCAGUACAAGUUCAUGGAGGCGACCACUCAGACGGACAGAACCACAACUGAGGCCGGAGAAGGGGGGCAGGAGGAGUGGGUCAUGUUGAAGAAGACGAAACAAAAAACGGUGUCGCCGUCAAAGUCUCGUUUAAUGACGAAAGCCUUCACCAAUUUAGAUAGCCCGGCUAAUCUGAAAGCUAUAAAAAAAGGCUGGCUCUCUCCGAAACGGCGGUACAAAACUGAAAAUCAUUCAGAUGAUAAAAUAAAUCUUAAAACUGAUUUACCAUCUAACCAUGGUGAGGAAGCAGUGUCUGCUUUUAAUUCUAGCAUUUAUAAGAAUACAUCAUUGUCUCUUUUAAGUGAUUUCAAUCAAACCAACCAGUCAGCACUGACUUCCUAUGUACAAAGUCAGAGCCAAAAAGCAAAUGAGGAACUCAUUGUUCAAGAAUCGGAAAAUCCAUUCCCGUCUUCGUCAUCGGAGUCUUUACAAACUAAAAUGAACCGGACGACAGUGGAAAUAGCAGAAGCUGCUGCCGCGGCCAAAAUGCUGGCACAUUCAUACGGGACGAGAUUUGCCAGGGGGAACACAAAGCACCCGGUGUCUUAUGCUGUACUUGCUACAGGCCAAGACAAGAAGAAGCACUCUCACCACAAAGAGAAGACAACUCUGUCUAAAAAGAAAGAUUUCAUCAAGUCUAACAUUCCUGCUGAGUACGAUGUGGAGACUUGUAUGACCCCACAGACGCUCAAUCCACCUGAGCAUUUAAUAAGCGCUCUGUCCUCUUCAGAGAUCAAGUCUAGCACUCCAAGCAACGACAGCACACCAGAAAAACAUGACACACGUACAUUUGUUAAAAGACCUUUCAAGAAAAGUAUUGUGCAUAGAACACAGAGCGAUGAAGUGUUAAGGAAUGCUGCUAGCUGCGACAAAGACCCUUUUCUUGAAGUUAAUCUAUCUAACAACAAAACUGAUCAAAGCUUAAGUAGCAUUAAUGAAUACAUCGACACCAGUGUGAGUAAUGUAAGUACUUUAAUAGACUCACUAGUCAACACCAUGGGGGUAGAUUUCCAAAAAGUCAUCAGUGAAUUAGACACAGAACUCAACCAAUCGCCUCUACUGACUGUCACCUCAACAUCUUCUGUUUCAUCAACAUCGCUGACAUCACCUCUGAAAUCACCCCAAACAUCACAGUCAACAUCAGAGAUUUCAACCCCCGUUAGAAAUAAAUCAACACCUCAGGGGUUCAGGAAAAGACUGAUUCACAUGAUGAACUCUGAGAAUAAUUCAUUUUCACCAACUAAACUCCCAUCACAAGAGAGCCCUGGAGUUCAUUUAAAAUUAGACCAGUCAGUGCAUUCUACCUCAGCAGCUAAUAUUCUGCCCAAGUGUGAAAUGAGUCCACUAGUUAAACACACUUCCAACUUUAUGGACAAUUUACCUGAAGAGUGCAGCACUGGUAUAGCUUCAGAAAAUGUCAUGAAAUGUGAACUUGCUCAUUCCCAUGAAUCUGCUAUUGUUUCAAACAUUGAAGAACCUAACAAGGCCUCAAAUACUACGACAGCAUCAACAAAUAUUAGAGAGAAAGGGUUAUCUUCCCCACCAGUUACCUUCUCCUCACUGACAGACCUUGACCUUGGGUUAAGAGAUGAAGAGAGUCAACAUUUUAAUCACAAAAUCUUUAAGAGAAAGAAAAAGGCCAAAGUUAAGAAAAUACUGUCAACGGAAAAUGAAAGUACUUCCAUCAAAAUGAAGCUAAAAAAAUUUCAUUCCACUGAGUCAGACGGCACAUCCAAAGUCAGGCAAAGAAAAGCAACAGGAAGUGAUACAGAAGGCAAUGGGAACAAAGUGAAGCAAAAGAAAUUCCUGUCUGGUGAAGCUGAUGAGAUAACCAAGGUGAGACCACCCCCGAAGAAAAGAGCCAAGAUGGAACUUGAGCUACUCAAGGCUGCUAACAAUGUGAAUAAAGAUGGUCAAAAUGAUGAAAUCAGCAGCUCAUUGGCUUUCACUGAAGAUAUAGCAGGCAGCAGUGAAAAUAGUUGGACAAAGGCUAUAUCUGAUGCAACAAGUAGUAAGGAAGAAUUACAACAAGAGUCACCAACAGGCAUAUCAGACAUAAACAAAGAUAGUUCGGUAAAAAAUCUGGACAAGCAAGUUGAUGCAAAGCAACCAAAAAAACCAAAACCUAAAAAGGAUAAGGAUAAACGUGUCACAAAAGGCCAAUCAAAACCUGUGAAAAGGAUAAAAAAAGCAGAUAAAGAAUCAUCAGACAUCAGUGCAGAAGAUGAAAGGAUCAUCCGUCUGCUGGAGGAGACGAAGAAAACCAGCAAACUGAAGUCACAAUACAGCUGUAAGCUGUGCCAGACCAAGAUAAGAAGUGCUAGGCGAGCUGUGAAACACAUGCACCGGCAUGGCCUUUCUGGUGAGAAGAUUCUAGAAAACCUCAGCACUGGUGAGAGAGUGGAAGGAUAUGAGGCCUGCAGUGAAUGUGGCUACAAAACCAAAGAUGACAGCUACCAUUACAUGCACUACCACAAGUACUUCAAGCAUGGCAUUCCCCUCCCCCUGGGCUGGAGCACAGAUAAGUGUGAGCUGUGUGGCAAAGAAUGCUUUUCAAAGUUCCAGCUUAAAGAUCAUAUGCAGACUCACAGUGAUAGCAGUGCCUUUGUCUGUUGGCACUGUGGACAGAGUUUUAAAGCAAGAAACAGCCUGAACAGCCAUGUUUUUCACAAGCAUUCGGAUAUUAGAAAACACCUGUGUAAAGCAUGCGGCAAGUCUUUCAAAACCUGGACUCACCUGAAAGUUCAUGUGAGAUCUCAUACAGGUGAGCGACCGUACGUAUGUGUAGAGUGCGAUCAUCGUAGUACAACAGGAGGGAACAUGGCACUCCACCUGAGCACACAUGGAUAUGCUAAGGAUAAGAUUCAAGAGAUAAUGGCUAAGAUCUGCCAAAAUGUUACUGAAACAAGCCCUGAGGCCCUGGAUAAGAUUAUGAUUGAAAUAGCUGAGAAGGUUCAAGAAAAGAAACAUAACAUUGAAGAGAAAAAGCCUGUGAAGAGAAAGAAGGUUAAACAAGUGAAGGAAGAAAUACAAAUAAAAGAAGAAGGCAGGGUCCAUGAAGACGGUCUGGUGCAUGAUGAGAGUGGGAAGAAGAAAAGGUCCAGAGUGCCCAAAGUGAAGACGAGGAAAGAAAAUACCACCUACGUUGGUCCUGAGAUUAAACGGUUGUUUAAGGAACCUUUGCACAAGUGGAAGCUUCCCAAGUUGACCAUACCCCAGUUGACACAGCCAGCUAAUGUUGGGGGGAUGAGUGGCAGUUUUGUGUUGAGGGAGGAGAACGGGAGUUUACAGCUUACUCAGGCAAACUCAGAGGGAGACUCCAGCAGGUUUCUAGACAUCAACACCCUCAACCUGAUCCUUCAGCACCAAGGCCAAGGCCAGGAUCAGACCUCCGCCUUCCUCAUCCCCUUGUCCCAAUGUGACCAGGCGUCGCAGCAAAAACAGCCAAUCACCAGCAUGUCCUCGUCUGUCAUCACGUACACCGUAGUCCCAGCCAUCAUGCUGUCCAAUCAGACUGGGGCGCAGGCGUCGGUGGACCACGCCAGCGCGCUGCCUGUGCUGUCGUCGGCCAGCAUGGUCAACUCAGGGCUGACCACAAUCCAGGCUGUGUCCCACCCCAUCCAGCUGAUGCAACAAGAUCCAGGCUUCACCACUGAGGUCCAUCUCAGCAUCCCAAAGAAUGAGCUGAAUUCUGCGACUGAACAAGGUGCCGACAGUUUUAUAAGUGUCAGCCAGCAAAGGGAAGAAACUGAUGGCUACCAAACAGCCAUGAGCUCAGCAGACGCCAAUGCUGGCUCCAGCAUGAUGAUGGUGCUGCCCAGUAUGACCUCCCAGCAAUCUCUUCAUGGCCAGGCACAGAACAUUUUUAACUAUGCUGACCUAAUGACCUCAAGUCACCCUUUGCUACUUCAGUCAGGAAAUUAUGUUAAUUUCAAUGGAUCUGAAGAAAUUAUCAAUGUCCCACAGCAAUGCUACACUCUGAUUGCCCCCAAGCUGAAUAACUCUAUAGUUGAGAUCUCUGAGUUACCUGGAGUUGUUACCCUUGAAGAACAUUCCACACAGCAAUGUGUUCCUGAGCAGUUUGUUGCAAGUGUGAAAGAGCAGUUAACUGUAGACCCUAAAGAUGUGUCUACUAAUGAAAAUGAUAAAUCUUUGAAACAUGUUUUAGCCAUUGAUUGCUGUGAUAAUGUGGAUGCAAAAUAUGAAAAUGUCAACCACAAAAGGAGUGAAACAAAUUUGUGAUAAAAGAAACGCAAUUGAUAUUAAUUUCUGAAAUAUUUUUUAUGCAAGCCUCUUUUAUGGUAUUUUUAUUGUUGCCAUAACAUUUUAAAACAAAUAUGCAUAUAUUUUAUAAAUAUUACAUUCUUUCAACUCUUAAUGAAUACCUAUUAUUUUUGUAUUGUAUAAUGUUGAUUAAAACUAAUUAGUUACUAAUGAAUAUGAAUGUAUGCAUAUAGAAAUGUAAAUUUGUAUAAAUAAUUAUGAAACCAUAAGGUUAACUUAUUUUUUUGAUUAAAUUAAUUAUUGAUGUUGUGAAGACAAAAUGCUAAAAUAAGAGUUGGCAUGAAUGUCUGCCACACUGCUCAAAGCUUAAAAAUAGCAAUACGUGAUUGUAAAGUAUGUUACAUAUUCAAUGUAGAAUUACAAAUGGCAACUAAUGAGUAAUUUAAUCUCAAUCUGAACUCAGGGUUUUGUGAUUAAAAGUAUUUUGUAUGUAUUGAUAGAGAGGUCACAGUGAUCUUCUUCCAUUCAACCAACCAAUCAAUCAUCCCUUAACACUAAGGGUCACUGGGACACCACCUUUGAUUUUUUUCAAAACUUUGCCAUCUAAGAGGCGU